AUGGCCACUCAAGCAGUGAACAGAUCUUCCGACUCGCUCGCGAUUCGUGAUACUGAGGUCACUGUCGUCAAGACUGAUGCGGAGAAGCCCUCUAAGAACAUUCUCCCCGCCUCGUACAGCCUUGGGCUCGGUGACGAGGACCCAACUGAGGAGGACCUUCACGGUCCCACCGCGCUGCGUCGUGUGUCUGCUCCCAUUCCGUGGUCUGUAUACACCGUCGCUUUCGUCGAGCUGUGCGAGCGAUUCUCCUACUACGGAACUCAAGUUCUUUACUCCAACUUUGUGAACCACUCGCUUCCUCUCCCUGCGCCUUACGGUCCUGCAGGCUCUCACCACAACACUGGAGCUGGUGGCUCUACUUCCCAGGGUGUGUCUGGAGCUCUGGGAAAGGGCCCCGAGACCGCGAAUGGUAUCAACACUUUCAACACGUUCUGGUGCUACUGUGUUCCUCUGUUAGGUGCCUAUGUCGCCGAUGAGUACUGGGGACGAUACAAGACUAUCUGCUGGUCUAUUGGCUUUGCCAUUCUUGGCCAUGUGAUUCUUGUCAUCUCGGCCAUUCCCCCUGUGAUCACCAACACCAAUGCUUGCUUCGGUGUAUUCAUGCUUGGUGUGGUUAUCAUGGGUUUCGGAACCGGUGGUUUUAAGCCCAACAUCUCUGCCCUCGUCGUCGAACAGAUUCCAGCCGUGAACCUUCGAGUGCGCACCCUGCCUUCCGGUGAGCGUGUCGUGAUCGACCCGACUAUCACCCAGAGUCGCAUCUACCAUUACUUCUAUCUAUUCAUCAACAUCGGUGCCUUGGUCGGCCAGAUCGGUAUGGCCUACGCAGAGAAGUAUGUCGGUUUCUGGCUCGCAUACCUGUUGCCCACUGUGAUGUUCAUGACUACGCCUUUCGUCAUGUGGUGGGGCCGUAAGCGCUACCGCCAGACUCCCCCACAGGGUUCCGUCACAUCAAAGGCUGUCAGGGUCUUCCUCUACGUGAUGCGCGAGCGCUGGUCCUGGAACCCGUUCGUCUUCUGGAAGCGUACCCACGAUGGCACCCUCUGGGAGUCCGUCAAACCCUCGAACAUCGAGCCCCGAUUCCGUCCCAAGUGGAUGACCUUCGACGAUGCCUGGGUGGACGAAGUUCGUCGUGGUUUCGCUGCCUGCGCCGUCUUCUGUUGGUAUCCUCUCUACUGGCUGGCAUAUGGCCAGUUGACCAACAACUUCACCUCGCAGGCUAGCACCAUGACCCUUCACGGUGUGCCUAACGAUGUGGUGAACAACUUGGACCCCUUCGCUCUGAUCAUCUUCAUUCCCAUUUGUGAUGCAUUGCUGUACCCCGGUCUGCGUAAGAUGGGCAUCCAAUUCACCGCCAUCAAGAAGAUCACCGCUGGUUUCUGGCUGGCAGCUUUGGCUAUGGUCUGGGCUGCUGUGAUCCAGUACUACAUCUACAAGACCUCACCCUGCGGUACCGAUGCCAACAACUGCUACACUGAGGAUGGAAGUGUCAGCCCUUCCCCUCUCAACGUCUGGGCCCAAACCGGUUGCUACGUCCUGAUUGCCUUCUCGGAGAUUUUCGCCUCGAUCACUUCGCUCGAGUACGCUUACUCCAAGGCCCCCCGUAACAUGCGUUCCCUCGUCCAGGCUAUCUCUCUGUUCACCAACGCCAUCUCCGCUGCCAUUGCCGAGGCUCUGAACCCGCUAGCCAAGGAUCCCCUGCUGAUCUGGAACUACGGUGUCUUUGCUGUCCUCGCCUUUGCCGGUGGCUGCGGAUUCAUUUGGCAGUUCUGGCAGCUCGACCUGGAGGAAGAUGUCCUGAACAACUUGCCCGAAGGUCAUGUGGAAGCCAAUGAGAAGCAGGUUGCUCACCUCGAUGCGGCUGAGAUCGGACCUGUUCGUGGUUAA